AUGCUGGUGACCUAUUUGGAAGCCAGCCGGACCGUAGACUUUUGCGAUACGUACUCAAUUCUUUUUAGCGCCGCGCUGGCAGUCUGCCGUAUCAUAGGCGCCAAGGUUUCCACGGCUGGACGCGCUACUGGCCAAAGUAGCGCUAUCCCAGCAUGGAGAAAAAGAAUUGAGGAGCGUAUCGCAAAGGCUAGAGCUCUCAUCGGCAGACUGAUAUGCUUCAGAUCAGGCAAGAACAGGCCAAGAAUUAUGCGCACCGUCAGGAUGGCAUUUGCUGGGACAAAUGUCAGUUUGUCCCAGCCGGAUAUAAUGCAAAAACUGACGGAGCGCCUAGAUGAUCUGAAGCUGCUUGGGGAAAUCGCGGAUUUGGCGAUAUACCGAGAGGUCGACUCGGUUCAACCAGAAUCGUCUCUUCCAGAGUGA